AUGGAGCAAGAGGUAGUGGAUGGUCAGGAGCUGACCAAAAAUGAUUCCACAACUAUCGUCGACGCUUGUGCUGCGUCUGAAGAAAUUGAACCGGCGAUGGAAACAUGCCAAUUGGAGGCAGAGCUUACGGAACCGGUGAUCGACAGCAAAUCCUCUACACCCAGCGAAGGAAGUCCCAGCAAGGUGCGCAUCGAAGACGAGGUCAGCGAGGAUUCGUUGAUGCUCAUGGAUGCCAGUACAAGCUCUGCACCUCGGCGUGUUUUAAAAACUACCAGCGAUGAGGAUAGGCAACGCAUCAUAACGGCAUAUGAAAGUGGUGCAACACCAGCAUCAAUAGCCAAUAUGCUAAACAUAAACAAGAGCACCGUGUACGGGAUCAUCAAGCGAUAUAAGGACACCUGGCAAAUUGAAUCGAAAAAGCGCGGCGGUCAUCGUGCUAAAUCGUUGUCGAGUGAAGCCGUGGACAGUAUUCGAGUCUGGAUCGACGAAGAUUGUACUAUCACCCUGAAAGCGCUGGCCGAGAAAGUGUUCCAGCAAUACGGCGUACGCGUGGCCGCUUCAACCAUUGCCAAGGAAGUGAAGGAAUUCAAUUAUUCGUUCAAGUGA